AUGUUUUUUGUUUAUGCACCCCUUUCAAUGAACAAACAAAAAUUAACACAUUUGCUUUCUUUGUUCAAUUCUCAAUAUAUUCUAAAACAGGAAAUUAUAAAAUAUUUUAGCAUGGGAGAUAAAUUUAAUGAUGAAGAAAUGAAUAUUUUACUUAAACUACUACCAUUUGAUUCUAAUGACGGGAUUAAUUUACGUGAUUUCGUUGAUUUUAUUCUUCAAUAA